AUGGAUCGCGACUGGGAACAAGACCAGAGCGCCGAUGGCGAAGGAGGCGAACAUUUGGUCGAAAAGAUGAUCGCAGCCGCUCAGGGAGCAAUGCAAACCGAGCAGACUGCUGACAGACCUGAGUCAGAGGUCAUGACUGAAGAAGAUGCUUUGAAGAAUUUGACGGGAACCGUAAGAGAUCAGAAUGAUUUGGAGCGAGAUAUCACCAUUCAGGCGAGCGCAGCACUGAUGGAAGCCGAGGACAAGAAGGACCAGAAUCGUAUGGCCAAGCUGGACGCCACAAGACAAAGACUACAAUCUCAACUGGACAAAGAGAAGAGGCGCUUAGAGAGGGUUGCUGGUAAUCCGUAUCAAUCGCGCAAUGUGCAAAAGGAGAUUGCAAAGCUGGAAGAGGAACUCGGCCAAAUUACGGGCGACAUUGCAGAUUUUCAAGCACGCAUUGAUAAACGACACCAAGAGAACCAAUUAGAUGCUACCACUCAUUCCAAGUCCAAGAGGCUUGCUGGCGAAAGUCACCGAGAGUAUCUUAUUCGAACAGGAAAAAUCACCCCGUUUGCUAAGGUGGGAGGAGCCCGCCCUGAAGGAAUAGCUGGCCAACUGGCCGACACCAUAUUGGAGGCAGAAGAAGAGGCUGCCGCAGAGCAAUACAACCAAGAGGCUGAAGGGCCGACUUCACACCAGCUGCUGCGGCGUCCGGGUUUCGUCGAUGACGUCGUUGUAAAAGAUCUAAAACCAUCAGAAUACAACGUAGAGAGUGAGUUCUCACUGCGGCCAAGAAAGAAGAGGCGGACAGAACGGGAGCGUAGUUCAUCAGCAGAUUUCGAGCCAGACCAUCCGUCGGGGUCAGAAUCUGCUGAUUCCAUAGUUUGGCAACAGGGGAAUGAAGAUGAUCUUAUUCGACGAGAAAAUCGCAAGCAGAAGGCCAAACUCAGAGCACAAGAGCAGGAAGAAGUUGAUCUCAGCAAACUUGAUGAUGGCAAUGAAAAUCUUUACAAACGAAGAUUAAAAGAUUGGAUUUUGAGGAGAAGUAGAGCAAGGCGGGCUCGUCGACAAAUGGCGGACAAUGAGCAUACUUCAGCAGAAAGUGAUGAGGACGAGGACGAGUGGUUGAAACCAUCACCGGACUAUCCCGAUCAUUACAUCAAUGACGAACUCAAGUUACCUGGUGAUAUUCACCCAUCCUUAUUCGGGUACCAGAAAACUGGCGUCCAGUGGCUAGCAGAGUUAUACAAGCAAAACGUUGGAGGAAUCAUUGGCGACGAAAUGGGUCUAGGUAAAACCGUGCAGUUGAUUGCGUUCAUCGCUGCCUUGCAUCAUAGCAAAAUGCUCGAGCGUCCAGUUAUUGUGGUUGCGCCGGCAACCUUGUUGCGACAGUGGGUAAGCGAAUUCCAUCGAUGGUGGCCUCCUUUGAGAGUAUCGAUUCUGCAUUCAUCGGGUAGUGGCAUGAUGAAUCCUCAGUUUGAGGAUGACUACGACGUCGAACACUACCGCCCAGUGGCAAACAGGUCCUUGAAUGCGGCGAGGAGCAUAGUCAGAAGAGUUGUGGACAAAGGUCACGUUCUUGUCACAACUUACACAGGCCUCCAGACCUAUGCAGAUGAAUUGCUCCCAGUGGAAUGGGGCUAUGCUGUACUGGACGAAGGGCACAAGAUUCGAAACCCCAACGCCGAAAUAACUGUUACUUGCAAGGAAUUAAACACUCCAAACCGAGUGAUAUUGUCCGGUACACCCGUGCAAAACAACCUGACCGAACUCUGGUCCCUGUUUGACUUCAUAUACCCAAUGCGAUUAGGAACUCUGGUCAAUUUUCGGACACAAUUUGAAAUACCCAUUCGGCAAGGAGGUUAUGCCAAUGCGUCGAACCUUCAAGUCAUGACAGCCGAAAAGUGCGCCGAGGCACUCAAAGAGACCAUCAGUGAAUACUUGCUUCAGCGCUUGAAGAUUGACGUAGCAGCGGAUUUGCCCGAAAAGACGGAACAGGUUUUGUUUUGCAAGCUGACCGAAGGGCAACGCAAGGCGUACGAAACAUUUCUUGGUUCAGAUGAGGUAUCAGCCAUUUUGAACAGACGACGCCAGUCACUGUACGGAAUUGACAUUCUGCGAAAAAUUUGCAACCACCCAGACCUGUUGGACAAGAGUCUCGGAAGCAAGACCGGCUACAAUUUUGGAAGCCCAAAGCUCUCAGCUAAAUUGGAGCUCACCAAGGACCUGCUACAAAAGGUCAUGAUACCGAACGACCACAAGACACUGCUCUUCUCGCAAGGUAAAUUAAUGCUCAACAUUAUUGAGAAAUGCAUGCGCGAAUGCAAUAUAAGCUACUUGCGUUUGGAUGGAGAAACACCAGUCGAUCAAAGACAACCAAUGAUUGACAGAUUCAAUACCGAUUUAUCCAUUCAUGUCUUUCUCAUGACAACCAGAACUGGAGGUUUGGGAACAAAUCUUACAGGUGCUGACCGCAUUAUCAUCUUUGAUCCUGAUUGGAACCCGUCUACAGAUCUGCAAGCUCGGGAACGGGCUUGGAGAUUGGGGCAGAACAAACCGGUCAAAAUUUAUCGACUCAUGACCGAAGGUACGAUUGAGGAGAAAAUCUACCACAGGCAAAUAUUCAAGCAAUUCAUGACAAACAAAGUGCUUAAAGAUCCCAAGCAGCGAAGCUCAUAUGAUUUGUCCGAUUUGUAUGAUUUGUUUUCGUACAAUGCUGGCGACCAGGCUGCGGCUCAACGAAGCGACGUGUUCAAAGGAGCUGAAGUUGACAUAUCAGCCAACACUGACGGGGAAGCUGUUGCAAGGCAACGCUUGGCACCAAUCACCAGCGUUGGGCACAAGAAAGGAGAUGUCGAGCAAGAGGAGCUUUCAAAAAUGAGAAUUGUUGCAGCCAUGGAGGACUUCCAAGAAGACGAUUCUGCCCAUGACGAAAGACGGAUGCUGGAAGGCAUUUUUUCGCGGUCCGUGAAUAGCGCAUAUGAUCAUGAACAAAUUGUCAAUGGCCCACAGAAAGCGAAAGCAGAUAUCCGUGUGCUGCGUCAAGAAGCCAACCAGGUGGCGCGUGAAGCUGCCGCUCACUUGCGGCAUGCUGCUCAGGAGGCUCGUCGUGUACCAAUCGGAACAGUUACAUGGACCGGCGAAGUUGGAUCUGGGGGAAGACCUGGUGGGAAUAGACGGCGCGGAGGCCCAAGUUCGGCCGGUAUUAUGAGCAACUUGGCGAACCGGCAGGGCUUGGAUGGCGGCAGUGGUAGUAGUUCCCGAUCGGGAACACCCGGACUGGACAGGAACUUGAAGGCUAAAGACUUCGUCACCAUGAUCAAAGCUUUCAUAAACAGACAGGGUGGACGAGUGCCAAGCAAAAUGCUGGUGGAUCAUUUCAAUCCUUAUUGUCCAGGGAAGAAACAGAGUGACGAGUUCAAGACCGCCCUCGAUAGAGUGGCCAUUUUGAACAAAACUGGCGGUACAGGAAGAGGAAUGUGGUCUUUGAGGCCAGGAGUUGAAUAG